UUCAUUUAACUAAAUGUUAGUUUUAUGACAAUCUGGGGGAUUUUAGUUGAAUCUGGGGGAAUUUUCACUGAGGUCCUGGGGGAAAAUGAAAAAUUACAUUUGCAGCACUGCUAAAUUCUAAUGAGCCAUUAAAACCGAAGACUAAAUAAGGAAAUUUUUGACGAUGAUGACCAUAAUACGGACGUGUAUUGUGCUCGCAACUGUGACUGUAACUUGGUGCUCGCAUAGGAACAAGGGAAGUGAAAAUUUCAUCAUUCAUUAAUCAUUAUUCACGAUCAGACUUUUGAAAGUGAAGUUGGAGCUCAUCCACGUAAUUUAGAAAUAAUGGUUAUGCUUGUUGGUAACUUCUUUGUAACUGAGAUCAAGUCGUCACUAACUUCAGUAUGGAGAAAGGGACAGCCUUUUAUUUUAACUGGAGCCAUCUUUAUUGGUGCUGUUAAAGCCAUUCUGCAUUAUAAAAAACAAUGCAGGAGGAAGAAGUGGAAUAGUGUGGGGAAAGAUGUGGUAGUUCUGCAUCUUUUCCCACGAGGACGAUUCUGCCCGAAUGUGUCACCAUUUGUAGUGAAGCUUGAGACUUACUUGAGAAUGGCUGAAAUACCAUAUGAGCUUGAUUUUGAGGAACCUUUGGGUCCAAAGGGAAAAUGUCCAUGGAUUACAUGGAAUGGCAAGGACUUGGCUGAUUCCCAGUUGAUAAUAGAGGCACUCAGUAAACAUUAUGGAAAGGACUUUAGCAGUCACCUGUCUGCUGAAGAUAAAGCUCUUGGUCUAUCAAUGAGGUUAAUGGUAGAGGAACAUUUCUUUUGGUGUAAUGUUAUGUGGCGAUGGGUAUUUGACCCAUCAUUUGCUGUGUCAUCUCUUACUGAUUGGGGUACUUGGUUGCCGUUUCAUUGGUUUUAUCGACCUGUGGUAGGUCAGUUAUUAUAUCUAGAAGCUUACAUGCAAGGAAUUGGCAGACAUACAGAAAUUGAAGUGCUUGCCAUGGGGCAUCAAGAUCUUCAAGCACUUUCUGUAUCUCUGGGUGACCAGCCAUACUUUUUGGGUAAUAAACCAACAGAGAUAGACUGUUCCAUUUUUGGAAUGAUGGCACAGAUUUGUUGGAAUUCAGCGGGAUCACCUUUUUUGAAGAUGAUUGAGACUGACUAUAAGAACCUAUUGGAUUACUGUCACCGCAUGAAGGAAGAGUUGUGGCCAGACUGGAAAUAUUGCUUGCAGCCUGUGAAGAAUGGGGAGGUGCUGAAAAUAAGUUUUAGACCGCCAUACUGCAAGACUUGAGAAACUUGUUCUACAGGAACAUAAACCAUGCAAAUUUGCAGGACAUGUUUUGUAUCCGUCAAAAGGUUUUAAUGCAAAUAAAUAGUAAAGAAAAUAUAUU